AUGUGGCGCUGCCAUGGUGUCCGGACUCUGCGGCUCUGCUCGAACCGAGGCCUCAGAGUCACGAGAUUCCGGCUCCCAACAGCACGGGGCCUGCUUCCAGGCUGCGCAGGGGCACAUCUCCCUCUGCGGCCGUUCUCCUCACAGGACACAGCGCCUCACAAAUCCACCGCCGCCGUGAAAGAGGACAGCAAUGCUUCCGUUUGGUUGUUAAUCCGAUCGCUCUGGCCGCGGGAAACCUCGCACCAGGGCCGCAUUGCCUUUGCUGUGGUUGGACUGGUGGCGGGCAAAGCCCUGGCCAUCUUGGCUCCACUCCAGCUCGGGCACUUGGUUGAUGCCCUGGGCUCCGGCAUCGAAGCCUUGCCAUUGGGGCUGCUGGCUGCAUAUGGCUUGGCCCGGCUCUCGACGAGUGCAUUCAACGAGCUGCGCGCAGCGCUCUUCGCGACAGUUUCGCAGAGCAGCUGCCGGGCUCUUGCGCGGCGGAGCUUCGAGCACUUGCACCAUUUGGACGCGAGUUACCUGCUUUCCAGCAAGCCUGGUGCGCUCAACGUCGUGGUGAAUCGCGCCACGAAGUCGCUCACCCAGGUGCUGAACAUGCUCCUUUUCAACGUCAUGCCCAUAGCCGUUGAGUGUGCUAUGGCGUUGACCGUCAUGGCAUCUCUGGCAGGCCCGGGAUGUGCAUUUGCAGCAUCUUCCACCAUCGCCAUGUACGUGGCUUUCACCACGAAGUUCUCCAACCACAGGCGUGAAAUCAUGCGCCGGUCCAACAGGGCAGAGGAGGAUGCCAGCGCGGUCUUCUUUGACUCCUUGGCGAACUGCGAGGUCGUCAAGUACUUUCAGGGGGAGGCUCAGGAAAGCAGGAGGUACGACAAUGCCCUCGCUCGCUUUGAAGCCGAACAAGUGGCCGUCCUGCACUCCUUGGCAAAGCUGAACUUCGGCCAGUCUGUGAUCGUCGUUGGUAGUUUCACUUCCAUUCUCGCCCUGACGUCGGCGCGAGUGCUGAGCGGAGAUCUGCCGGUCGGAGAUGUCGUGGCGAUUCAUGGAAUCCUGGCACAGCUGAUGCAGCCCUUGGGCAUAUUGGGAGGUGUCUAUCGGGUCACGACCCAAGGCUUCGUCGACCUGGGCAAGCUUGCAGCCUUCCUCAAGCAGGAGCCGGCUGUCCCGGCGCCACCGGGGGGUGGUGUACCCUUCGACUUCAAAGGAGGAUCCCUGGAGUUUCGAGACGUCCACUACGCCUAUGCGCAUAACACUGUCCUUGCGGGGGCGUCCCUGGCGGUGUCACCCGGCACAAAAAUGGCCAUUGUUGGGCCUUCUGGAUCGGGCAAGAGCACCUUGCUGCGCUUGCUUUACAGAUUCGCAGAUCCUCAGCAAGGGCAGGUGUUCAUCGACGGCCAAGAUUUGAAGCUCCUCGACGCAAUGACCUUCCGACGCCACUUGGGAAUUGUCCCGCAGGACUGCUCUUUAUUCAACGAUACGAUCAGUUUUAACAUCAGCUACGGAAGGCCAGAUGCAACCGAUGCUGAGGUCGAGCGAGCUGCAGAACUUGCGCAGAUCCAUCAGCAGAUUCGAUCCCUACCCGAAGGUUACGACACUCCAGUCGGGGAGCGCGGCAUGAAGCUGAGUGGCGGAGAGCGGCAGCGCAUUGGUAUUGCCAGAUGUUUGUUGGCCGACCCGUCCAUCGUGCUUCUUGACGAAGCAACUUCGGCUCUGGAUGUCCGCACUGAGCGCGCCCUGGCAGCUGCGAUGGAUGAACUCAUGAAAGGACGCACCUGCCUGGUGGUAGCACACCGCCUCGCAACUGUCCAGCGAUGCGACGUGGUGGCCUUCCUCGAGGUUGCAAGAAGGGCCGGGCAGGUUGCGUCGCGCUACUUGUAUGCUCAAGCUGCCAGGGUGGAGUCAUCCGUGAGCAAGGCCCCCAUGAGGGAGCAGGGUCCCAAGAUCUUCACGGUGGAACGCCGUCUUGUCAAAAGCAGUGCAGUGGGAAGCCCUUUUGUCGACUCCCAGGCCCAGUAUGCCCAUUCUGACCCACAGUACCAAAGACCGUCCAUGAUGCAGCCAAUGUUGCUGCAAUUGGUUCAUCUGCUGCUCUGGCUGCGAGUGAGAGGUGAGAUUGGCUUCUGGUCAAAAUCAGAGUGCCCAGCGGCUGACUCCGGAUGGAGGCCGCUCGUGAGAGAGCCUGGGCCAAAAGCGCAGCUGGCCGACCUCAUCGGCUUGGACGAAGCAAAGGCAGUGCUGCGGGAGGCAGUCACAUUGCCCCUGCAAUUGGCAGACGUCGAUAACAUCUUCUGGCGCUCUGCCGAGCGCAGCGCGGUGCUCCUUGCCGGCCCAGAGGGGCUCGGGAAAAGAGCAGCGGCGGAAGCAGCAGCAGCUCUGGCUGGUGCCCAGGUACUGCACCUGGCAGCUGCUGAGGCCACCACGACAGCCUUCUGCAGGACGGCAACUUCCAAAGCUGACAAACCUGUCCUCAUACUCAUCGAGGGUCUGGAAUUCGCCCCUGAAGCUGCGCUGUCGAUUCGGCGCUGCCUGGGAGAGGUGGCCAGAAGACAGGAGACUUCGCAGCGAAUAGCCUGCGUGGCAACUGCCGGCUCCGACCCUGGCCGCUUUCUGCGACCCAUGGAGCUCUUUCCAUUUGGCUUCACGGUGCACAUUGCGCCCCCAAGCCAGGCAGAGCGCAAGCAAUUCCUCUUGAAGCUGCUUGCACAGGUUUCCAGAUCAGAUGCGCAGUGGGGCUCGGCGCUACGCGAAGCGGCUGUCGAGACAUUGGCGAAUCUUACCGCCAACUACACCUUUGCCGAGAUAGACUUUGUUGUUCGCCGGACUUUCCUACGGAGUACCCACGAGGAGGGCUCCCGCGACCCAGUUGCACUGCACCACUUCGAGAAAAUCUUGGCAGAAACUCCAGCGCAGAGCUUCAGAGCCUACGAGCAAGGCAAGACUCCCGUGGCCAGUGAGGCGACGGCCGCGACCGGUGCUGGCGAAGAGCUGACACCCAAGAAGGACGCUGAUGGCAAGAGAAAGAAGAGGGAGGGGAAAGACCCGAUGGAGAGCAUCUUCGGGUGGUGCAACUUCUGGUUGCCAGAGGCAUUCCAUCUUCCUCCUGUCGUUUGGGCGAUGAUCAUCUUCGGGCUCAUGGCCCACCUGAUGGCCAGGACCACGUACCAGCCAUACAGCCGUCGGCGACGUGGGAAUGAGAGGCCAGGUCGCAGCUCCCUCUUCGGUGAUCUGAAGGGAGGUCCGUAUGGGCUGGGUGAAGGACUCGGAGACUGGCCGAUCGCAGGAAUGGGGGGAAUGGGGGCAAUGGGUGGAAUGCCCGGAAUGCCUGGAAUGGGUGGCAUGGGAGGUUUGAAUGGCUUUCCUACACCACCUGGAUUCGGCCCCGGCGGGGAGGCGAGCGGUGCAACCGGUGCAACCGGUCCAAGCGGGGAGUCGAGCGCUGCAACUGGUGGCACCGGCGCGGCAUCCGGCAAGGAGGCGGCGAAACCUUGUACCCAAAGUGGUGCGGACGAGUCAUGA